AUGGCCCUCGAGAAUCCACAUGAAGCUAUAAGGCCUGAUUUCAAUGCUAGAGAGCACCAACCAGCCUGCCAGCAGCUAAUAGCAGAUGGACUCAACGAAGACCAAGCCACUUGCACGCUCGAAUCCUUAUGGACUCUAAAAAACAACGCCGACAAGGCGCAUUGGAAUGAGAGACAAGAACGGAUACAAGAAACACGUCAGCGGGAAGAAGAGGAAGAACAGCAGCGCCUUCAAGUCCUUCGGGACGAAGAAGAGGCAGCUCGUCUAGAAGAGCGAAAGAAAAACAAGAAUAAAAAGAUUAAAGCAGGGGACUAUUGUGAAUUGCAUUACUUUACCAAUAAAGGCCUCGACGAUGCCAACAAGAGUGCCCAGAUCGCAGAACCAGAUGCGCUGGUCAUGCUACCCUCUGCGGAUGGCAUUCACUCAUGGGUCCCCACCAAUGCGGUGAAAGACCCCAAAGCAUCUCCAGUCACGAAGGACAAGAACCUUACCUGGGAAGAAUUAAACGAGGCAGUGGCACGCAUCAUCAACUAUAUGAAAACUCACGACUGGCCAGUCGAACGAGUCAACAUGCUCAUCCAGUUUUGGUCGGCUCUACAGCAGCAUCGUUGGCACCAUGCCUCUGACCCGCUAAAGCAGCGCGCACUGCUACUGGCUAACCUGGAGCCUUGA